AUCUCUUUGCAGAAAUUGCCUUACAGCAUGUUUCGAUGUUCUUCCGGUCGGAGCCAAAGUGGGAGGUGGUAGAGCCCCUAAAAGAUAUAGGUUGGCGAAUACGUAAGAGGUAUUUCUUAAUGAAGAGUAAGAAUCAACCAAAGGAGCGACUAAUGUUAAGCUGGGCUGACUUUGGCCCUGAUAAAUACUUGUCUGAUAAAGACUUCCAGUGUGCUGUGAAACUUCUUCCUUCUUGUUCUCAUCCCUACGUUUACAAAGUCACUUUUGCCACAGCCAAUGAAUCCUCGGCACUGGUAAUUAGACCAUUCAAUGAGAAGGGAACACUAAAGGACCUUAUCUAUAAGGCAAAACCAAAAGACCCAUUCCUGAAGAAGUACUGCAAUCCCAAAAAAAUUCAAGGUCUUGAACUUCAGCAAAUAAAAACAUUUGGGAGACAAAUAUUAGAGGUAUUAAAAUUUUUGCAUGAAAAAGGAUUUCCUUAUGGGCAUCUACAUUCCUCCAACGUGAUGUUGGACGGUGAUACGUGCAGGUUGCUGGAUCUAGAGAAUUCCUUGCUGGGACUCCCAUCCUUUUAUCGAUCGUAUUUUUCACAAUUUCGGAAAAUUAAUACUUUAGAAGGUGUUGAUGUACAUUGCUUUGGUCACUUACUGUAUGAAAUGACGUAUGGGAGACCUCCAGAUUCAAUCCCAGUGGACGGCUUCCCUCCUGCUCCAUCCGCAUCAGUCGUGGCUGUUUUGGAAUCCCUACUCUCCUGUGAAGCCCUAAAGAAUGGUAUGCCAGCUGUCUCCAAGAUCUUACAGAUGUCAUUAUUCAGUGAUAUUCUACUAACGAAUUCUGAGAAACCACAGUUUAAGAUUCCCACAAAGUUAAAAGAGGCAUUGAAAACUGCCAAGGAAUGCAUAGAAAAGAGACUCACUGAAGAACAGAAAUUGAUUCACCAGCAUAGACGACUGACAAGAGCUCAGUCUCACCAUGGUUCUGAGGAAGAGAAAAAGAAAAGAAAAAUCUUGGCACGAAAGAAGUCAAAGCUUACUGCCGUCGAAAGUGGGGAAGAACACUUAGCAAAAUACAGCAACUCAAACAAUUCAGCUGGCUCUGGGGCAAGUUCCCCUCUGACAUCUCCAUCGUCCCCCACUCCACCCUCUACAGCAGGAGUGUCAACUAUGCCGCCGCCGCCUCCACCACCAGCAGCUCCUCCUCCCCUUCCUCCUCAAAUGGAUGGGGCAGUGCAGCCUGACCCUUCGCCUGCUGACAGUGCCAGCCGAGAAGCCUUACUUAGCUCCAUUCAAAACUUUCAGAAAGGAGCUUUGAAGAAAGCAACACCUGUGACUACAGUGUUCCCAGGAUCAGCUGAAGUUAACUCUUCACAGCAGGAUCGGAUAUUUUUUCCCAUGAACAACUGUCCUCAGUUGAGGUGUGAUCAGCCACUUCAUGCUGGUCUAUUAUUUUGCAGCUGUUUGUUCAGAGCCAUUUCAGCUUUUUCUAGGGAAAUUAUUUCUCCUUGUCCUUGAGUAGCAGCACUACAUCAUUUGAACUACAUUGCCAUAUCGUGGUGGUAACUAUUGACUUCAGUUAUUCCAGUUAAAAUGAACUUCUUUAGUUAAGUGAUUUUUGGGGAGGGAGGUAGGUAAUGCAAUAUUUCUACGAUCUGAAAAUAAGAACAAGCAUGAGGAUACUGACUCAGUACAUCUGAUUCCACCCAACCCCUUGUUUCAAAUACACUUGAAAAAUCUAAUGUUAGUCUGCCCUAUUUUCCUAUAAUUCCUUGUAGUUGGCACAUUACAUUUUUGCUGCAUCAAAAAUCAGCCAUUUGCUUUAGAUAAUUUUUUUUAAAGCACUUAAUCCAAAAGUGUAGUACACGGGUGAGGGAACUGUAGAUUUAACUUUGUCUCUAUGGCAUAUUUGCCAUUGGAGGGUACUCCAAAAUUCAACAAUGGUGCUCAUGCUUGUAUGUAAUGCACUGUUGGAAUGACCCCUCCCCCCCCCCAAAACAUGUAGCUGGUACCAGUUACCACAUGUGCAGGGGAAACAAACAGCCUGUUAAUUCAGGCAAUAAAAUGGGAAUUAAUUUGGCACUGAUUAUUCAACACAAGUUCUGGAUUGGGGAGUUUUCAACACAGGUAAAAUUUGCAUCCAUAUGAAAUUAAUCUUGUUCUUGGGGAAGUUACAGAACACUUUGUUUUAGAUGCUGACUGCUUGAAAAGAUUUUAUUCUAUGAUUUGCUUAAAACCUUAAACAAAUUGCACUUUAAAGGAUUAUAGAUAAUCCAUUUUAAAUUCAAGUACACAUCAGUGUUUACUAUGCAGAGAAUGUCAUUGUGUAUAAAGUUUCAUGUAACCUGUGAUAUAUAUUCAGUCAUAUUUUUAUUAAAAUAAAUGUUGUUGGAAUUCCUCCA